AUGGCAGUAUCAUUAAUCAUGAAGCGUUGUGAUCAUACACAUUGGCUCAGCGUUUUCGCACAAGGGAGCGAAACCGCCCUCUUACAAUCAGACAGGCUCCAAAAACUUGUCAAACAUAUACCUCGUCCUCAUGUACAGUAUCCAAGUCUGGUUAUACUGAUUGGUAGUGUAGAGAAAUCAAUCGCUCUUAGAGCAUUGUUUAGAUUGAAAAGGAUCCGGGAAUUCACGACUAAGCCAAAACCAGGCGAGGUGCAUCUCCACCUCGAUCCUUCCAGUAUCUUCAAUGAUCAUCCGAUGCUCAUAGCAGAUGCCGGGGUACCCGAUCACACUUUGGACGAAAGAAUUCCGAAAACUGAAAGUUGUCACGAAACUAAGCGGCGCCCUCUUCAGCGAUUGGGUAGCGCUGCAGCAGUUGAUAUAUAUACUCAUCUACUGUUCCCCUUUACAAAUGUACUAUGCUUCUUUUCUGCUGAUAUUGGUGGCCUUAGACAGAUCGCGCGUCUUUUAGCCAAGUGGCUAGAGAAAAACUCCUCAUCAGUGCCCCCACGGAGGUCGUUUCCGAAUAUACUGAUAGUCAUCGAUACAAUAACCCCAAGAGAAAAUAUGGAGGAAACAUCUCUAGAAGUCUUUCUGGAAAUGCUCAGAGAGGAAUCAGAAACAGAUUUAUUGAAGGGAAUCCCAGCAAUUGACAUAGUGGGUCUUUUCCCCAAGGGCACAAUGUCUACCGAUGCUCGAUAUCGGCGUAUCAAAGAACGUAUUAUGGAGAGAUCCAAUCAGGUGCGGAAAGAAAGGGAAAUAGCACGAAUGCUGCUUUCAGCAACACAUUUUGCUGCUUUCUUCCAAUCCGCCAGUGUGCAUUUUUCGGAAUCGCUUCACCAACCGUUUGACUUUUUCAGGGCGUCAAGGUCCCACAACCCCAUAGCACCAGACUUAGAUAAGCACCUUUCAAACUUGCUCAAGCAUAUCACAUCGCCUAAUGAGCUGACGGAGUUUGCAGCUCCAGCUAUUGCUUCAUCUCUCUUUCUGGACAGCUAUCCUCCUGAAGCGCACGUCUUCGAGCCCAAGGCUGUAUUCAAUGCUCUCUACAGAGAACAUUUAUGUAAGUUGAGUGAAAAUACAAUUCCAGCACUCAAGCAGUCUAUAGGUAGCAUCCUACGACCCAGUUUCAUUAAAACAGUGGGCAACAAUCUCUCCCGUUAUUUCCAACAAUAUAUGUCCGACCGAUCCAAAUCCACCGCCGAAAUUCACAAAAACAAUCUGGCAUGCUUCCGAGAGAGAUGGCGAGAAAUCAAGAGCAGCAAUACAUGUUUAAGCUGCCUCCGUAGAAGGCCACAAUAUUGUCUACCAUGCGGACACUGCAUUUGUGAAAACUGCGUUGUGAUCUUUGGAGACCGCUGUGAAGAAGACCCUUGGAUUUUCAGGAUUCAUCAUUGCUUCCUUUGCAUACAGGAAAUUCCAAAUAAGAUAUCAGUUAGGAUACUCCCACCGACAGCAGGAGCAGGCGUCCUCUGCAUCGAUGGAGGAGGAACGCGCGGUAUCAUACCCCUUGCGGUGAUGAAGCUAAUCCAAGACCGCCUUGGUUCAAUUCCACUUCAACGAUGUGUCAAGAUGAGUUUUGGCGUCAGUGUUGGUGUUAUCAUUGCUGUUGACCACUUCCUUCUUGGACGGCCUUUGGAAGAAUCAAUCAAGACGUUCUCGGAGAUGACGAAGCGUGUUUUCAAACGAAGAGUCUCUUCUUCCAUCCCAUUGGUUUCCCGUGCAGUGGAAAUUAUCCUUUCUUAUAUAACUGACGGCCUAUAUCCCGCUAAAAAUAUUGACGGCGCUCUGAAAGAUUGGGCCACUGAUCAAAACAUCCUCGAUUGCUCGUAUGCUACGUCAACGGGAACAAAAAUAGGUUUGCCAGUGGCCACGGUUAGUAAAUAUCCGUCAUACCGAUUUUUCACGAACUACAAUGGGGUCGGUGAACGCGAUGAUGAUCAGGGUAAGUCCAAAAAACAAUUGUUAGAUUCUUCUAAAAUCACUCCAGAAAAUGCCGUCAUCAAACCCAAGGACGGCUUUGGGAAUGUUCCACUCUGGGAAAUUGCACGUUCCGCGUCAGCCGCACCCGGUUUUUUUCCACCAAAACAUAUCAAUGGGGUUGGAACAUUUCAAGACGUGGGGCCUCUUGAGAAUGACCCUAUACUUUGGGCACUUUCAGAGGUUUCGGCUAUGUAUCCGCACCUGAAAGAGCCAGACUUCGUCAUAUCCCUAGGCACUGGCGAACCAAGGAAAGAAAAUUACGAAGUACUCACAGAAGAUUGUCGCAAUACCCAGAAAAAUGGAAUGUUUACACGAAUUCGUGAUCUUAUCCUGGAAAAGAUGCGCGAAAAAACCGUGAGGCGAGCCUAUAAAACAAUUGGGCUGGCAGCGCAGAUCCUCCCUAAGAUUCACCGCCUUAGUGUUGACUUCGAAGCCAUCGAACCGAGACUUGACGAUGCUAGGAGUAUACCCGAGUUGAUAUCAAAGGUUGAAACAGACAAACGGUUGUCUGCGAACCUUGAUCAAGUAUCUCAUUGUUUGAUUGCUUCCCUAUUUUAUUUUGAAUUGGAGACAAUCCCUGAGAAGUAUGAUGACAAAUUUAGCAUUACAGGUCAGAUUCUGUGCUCGAUACGAUACAACGACCCUGCAUAUGAGGAUCUUCUUGGUAAGUUGUCAAGCGGCUCUGUUAGGUUUUGGGUGAACGAGUGGCCUGUGCCAGUGUCCAUUAAUGAUUCCUCUUGUUUUGGGCGAGACCAAAACUUCCGUCUACCAAUUCGCUUAGAGACGGUUGACAGAUUCACGGUGUCUCUAAAGCAAGACAACGAAAGCGCUUAUAAUAUUAGCGGAUCACCCUUCUCCGUUCAAGGAUUGGUAGCUGCACAAGGGCUAGAUGCUCCUUUUGGAAGAGCAGAUCAUGGUAAGAGGAAGCGGUCGUGGUCAUGCAAGAGUCAGUUGCCGGCAAGAAAGCGGCAGCGAACUUAGUUAUAGGACUCUAGUAGGAACGGAGUUUUUAUGGAUUUCUUUGUGAAAAUCAUGUUUGCACUGCAUCUCGAACUCGUGUCUGUCUGCGCUCUUUUCGAUUGAGUGUGUCAAUUAUUUCCACGGCUUCGUCUUCAUU